AUGGAUGGUGAUGCACUUUAUGAUUAUAGUGACCUCGAAGUUUUGGUAGAUAGUGCAGUAAAGACGGCUCUAAAAAAAAUAACUGAUGUUGACCGAAAAGCCAGGGUGUUGGAAGUUUUGCCACAG